GACAGCUGCUCGGGGUGUGUGGCUGCGCCUGAAUGCCAACGGGCAUUUUAUUCCUUUCGAAUGCAUGAGAAUUACUCUUCCCCCAAAGAACAAAGUUUAACUCCGAUAGCGCCUUUAACACCAACAAACUUUAUUUCUGGAUCUAAGCUUUCGCGUGCAUGCACACGUCAUCAGAUACCUCCGACAACCCCUUUAAAUACAUCUUGCGGGGGAAUGUGUGUGUGUUAGAGGCCUUCCAAGCAGAGCGCGGGGCAGAAACUUCAGCUCCCACAAUCCAAUGCGCGUACCUCGAGGCUUCUGGUACUGACCUGCUGGUUGCGAAGAUGGCUGCAAGUAGCAGCCAGAAUGGUGGUGCCGGUGGUUGCUGUAGUAACAUUCCCCAGUACGAGGAUGAGGCGUCGGAGAUGAAUACUCGGGUCUUCCACGUGGCCUCUUUUGGGGCUGCUUGGAGGGGGGAGCUGCGUCCGCAAGACCUGAGUCUGCAGCUGGCGGCGUCUGAAGACCAGGACGCCGCGGUAGCCGAGGAGUUGAGCUGCCCGCCGGAGAUUGUGUCUGAGCUGAGGGAUGUGUGCAGUAUUAAUGCAUUAAAGAGCCCUGGGAAAGAAGAUAAAGAAGAAAUACCUGAAGACACCAAUUUGGUAACACUCAUGAUUAGGAAGAAGGCCCUGGAGAGGAGACAAGAAACACACGUUAUAGAUCGUGCAUGUAGGCUAGAAACAUUUAUUUAUGAAAUGGAAUCUCAUGCGAUUGGAAAGAGACCUAAUGAUCCCAUAAACUUGGUCAAGGAUGAAGAGCUUGUUUUAACCCUCAAUAUUUACUAUCCAGUUAUAUUUCAAAAGCAUAAGUUUUGCAAGCCAUAUCAGACUAUGCUGGUUUUAGGCAGCCAGAAACUUACAGAGGUCAGAGAUUCGAUUUCCUGUGUCAGUGACCUUCAGAUUGGUGGGGAGUUUAGCAGUCAUCCUGACCAAGCACCGGAAUAUAUCAGUAAGGAUCUUUACAAGUCUGCCUUUUUUUAUUUUGAAGGUAUUUUUUACAACGACAUGAGGUACUCAGAGUGCAGAGACCUGAGCAGGACAAUUAUUGAGUGGGCAGAAUCGCGUGAGAGAGGCUACUCUAAUUUUCAAGCUGCUAAAAUGGAAGAUUACACAUUUAAUGAUUUGAACAUCAAAGUUGGCUUCCCGUAUCUUUACUGCCACCAAGGAGAUUGCGAGCACAUAGUUAUUAUCACAGAUAUCAGGCUGAUUCAUCGAGAUGACUGUCUAGAUAGGAGCCUUUAUCCCUUGCUAAUUAAGAAACAUUGGUUGUGGACCAAGAAGUGUUUUGUAUGCAAAAUGUAUACAGCCAGAUGGGUGACCAACAAUGACAGUCUUGCUCCUCAAGACCCUUCUUUCUUUUGUGACGUUUGUUUUCAAAUGCUCCACUAUGAUGCAGAUGGCAACAAGUUAGGAGAGUUUCUUGCUUACCCUUAUGUUGAUCCAGCAAUUUUCAACUGAGACUUUCUCAAAAGCAAGGCAACAAAACUGUUAUAAUCUGCUUCAGUAGCUGCUGGAACAUGAGACAUCAAGAAGUACAAUUAAGCAAUGGCUUUUUUCAGAACAUUGUUUCCUCUGUAUAUUUGAUGUUUUUAAUUUUGCAAGCCUUUGAAAGUGUGACAGCCCUGUAAAUCCAGACAUCAUUAAUUACAAAAAGUGCAAAUAAUAAUGGAAGCAGCCCUGAGCCCUGCUUGCAGGGAAGGGUGACCUAGCAAAUCAAAAUAAAUGAAAAAUACCUGUGUGCUCAUGAGUGUUCUUUAAGUGAGAUUGUGACCAAACUGUGUGUGUUCUAAUUUUUCUUACAAUACUCACUUGGAUUUAAAUGAGGAAGUAAAUGUAAUGAUUGUACUGAUUGGUCUACAUGUUUGCUCAUUCACAUCUAAGGCUUUUGUAUAAUGCAUUUUAGUUUAACAUUUAUUUAUUAUUUAUUUAUUUUUAUUUAUUUAAUUUGAUUUGUAUCCUGCCCUCCCCACCGAAGCAGGCUCAGGGCGGCUUACAUCAGUCUGAUGAAGUAGGCCUGGGUGAAGAAAUCUUGAAUAGGCCACUUGGCUGAGUAAACAUUCUCUCACAAGAGAUAAUUGGUAAUAGGUCUUCAAAGUAAACUGUUUGCACCUGGAAAGGAGUUUGAUACCAUCCCUAAUGGGCUUCUUAAUUGGCAAAUUCCCUAGAGCUUAGCCAAACACCUCAAAUUAUGGGAACCUGCACUAGCCUGCAGCACAUCUUGAGGUUCCAUGGUGAUGAGGGAGAGAGGUUACAUCAUCCCCAGAGGCAAUCAGACUUCAUUUCUAUAAGAGAGCUAUGCAUUUGCUUAAGGGUUAACUUUUCAGCCAUUGUCCAGACAUCGUCUGUGGCUAAAGCAAGCUCACAGCUGUUCCUGGGGUUUGAGAGAAUGCUGACUUAACAUUCGUUGGAACCUUGGUAACUACCUGCUUUGCAAGUAUUAAGCUAAUUAGGAUAAGUUUAAGUUUGUUUUGAACCCAUUGCUUUCUUGUCUGUUUUAAAUAUUUUUGCACAUUAAAUAAAACAUUUAUUUUA